GCACAGUAUCUUGAACAGCCAGCUAUUCAGGGGACCUAACAAGAUAAUACUGACCUUGGAUGACCUUGUCUUCAUCAACCCAGAGCUACAUAAAAAGAGGCUGACAUUGGACAGUCUGACUGAUGCAAACAGCGUAACAGCCGAUGGCAGAAGCCUGAAAUCUGCAACCCGCUCCUUUUCCUUGAAAAGCACAGCUGCCACCCAUGAAACCUCCAAUGUGGCUUUAUAUGAGGGAGACUGGGUGUGGCUGAAAAAAUUUGAGACGGGAGCAGUCCACAAUCUGCGGCAAAGCUCCACCAGCAUCUUGAGGAAGAUGAAAGAUCUGCGUCAUGAAAAUGUGAAUCUGUUCCUGGGCUUUUUCUCUGACUGUGGCAUCUUUGCCAUAGUGACAGAGUACUGCUCCCGAGGAAGCCUGGAGGACUUGCUGAGAAAUGAAGAUAUGAAACUGGAUUGGAUGUUCAAGUCCUCUCUCGUGAUGGAUCUAAUUAAAGGAAUUAGAUAUUUGCAUCACCGAGAUUUUGCCCAUGGACGUCUCAAGUCUCGUAACUGUGUUGUGGAUGGCCGGUUUGUGCUGAAGAUCACUGACUAUGGUUAUAAUGAGCUCUUAGAAGCACAGAAAUGCCCAUAUAUUCAGCCACCCCCAGAAGAAUUGCUCUGGACAGCUCCUGAGUUACUGAGGGACCCGGACAUGUGCAGAAAAGGCACAUUCAAAGGGGACAUUUACAGCUUUGCAAUCAUUCUACAAGAAGUGGUUGUUCGGGGUCCACCAUACUGCAUGUCAGAACUCUCAGCUGAAGAAAUUAUAAAGAAAGUGAAGAAGCCCCCUCCCCUGUGCCGCCCAAACAUAGCCCCUGAGUUGGCCCCCCUGGAGUGCAUCCAGGUAAUGAAGCAAUGCUGGGGUGAAGCCCCUGAACGACGUCCAACCUUCGAGGAGGUAUUUCAUAAGUUCAAAACCAUCAACAAAGGGAAAAAGACCAAUAUCAUUGACUCAAUGCUCAGAAUGCUUGAGCAGUAUUCAAGCAACCUGGAAGAUUUAAUCAGGGAGCGGACCGAAGAGCUAGAGGUUGAAAAACAGAAGACAGAAAAACUACUGUCACAAAUGCUCCCUCCAUCAGUGGCAGAAGCCCUCAAGACUGGUGGCACUGUGGAGCCGGAGUAUUUUGACCAGGUCACCAUCUACUUCAGUGACAUUGUGGGCUUCACAACCAUUUCAGCCCUCAGUGAACCCAUUGAAGUAGUUGACCUUCUAAAUGACCUUUACACGCUGUUUGAUGCUGUUCUUGGAAACCAUGAUGUUUACAAGGUGGAGACAAUUGGUGAUGCCUAUAUGGUUGCCUCAGGGCUCCCAAAACGGAAUGGAAACAAGCACGCAGCUGAGAUAGCCAACAUGUCCCUGGACAUCCUCAGUUCGGUGGGAACAUUCAAAAUGAGACACAUGCCAGACAUCCCCCUCAGGAUACGAAUCGGGCUGCACACAGGGCCUUGCGUGGCAGGCGUGGUAGGGCUUACCAUGCCACGGUACUGCCUCUUUGGAGACACGGUGAACACGGCAUCACGAAUGGAGUCCACAGGCCUGCCUUACAGAAUUCAUGUCAGCCAAAGUACAGUGGAUACUCUUCGGAGUCUAAAUGAAGGCUAUGAAAUCGUACCUAGGGGAAAAACAGAACUGAAGGGUAAAGGAGUAGAAGAUACAUAUUGGCUAGUUGGGAAAAAAGGCUUUCUGAAGCCUUUACCUAAACCUCCUGAAAUAAAGCCAGGCCACAACUGGCCAGAUAUGCUGACCAGGAAACUCAAAUCUGUCCUGAGGGACACAAAGAGGACACUGACAAAAGCAACCUUUAAAGAGCUGGGGAGCAUGAAGGAGGACAGAAUAAGUAUGGAAGAGGAUGAAAUCUGA